AUGACGGAUGUUGAAGAGUCCACCAAGGUACGAUUGGAUCAGGAAAUUGCGAACAGACUGCAAAAUGAGCAUCCGGAACAGUUCAUUACUUUGGUACGGAUGCACCUGUCGUUUGAACUGGAUCUCAACACCGAUACAGAAAACGACCCAGCCGGAUUAGAUAAGCAGAAGCUGAAGAAAUGGAAAGGAUUUCACAAGAAAGCGAAGGGCUGCACAUCGGCCAAGGCGACCUCACCGGAAAUGGCAAAAGCAGCACUGACGAAGGCCAACAUUGAUGACCUGAAACAGCUUAUUGCCUUCUUGGAGCAGGAAGAGAACAUUUCGCAGGAAGGAAUAUUCCGAAAAACCGGCUCAUUGACACGCCAAAAUGAGCUGAAAAACUUGCUCUUGCAAGGCAAUAUGUUACCGCUAGAUGGGACCGGUUACACAGCGCACGAUUGUGCAAGUGUGUUGAAAAGUUUCCUUGCCGAUCUCCCGGAGCCACUGCUCACCGAGCUUUAUUACCCGGCGUACUGCCAGGUGGCCGAUCUUUUCCAUUCGAAGGAAGCCUCUCAAGCGGCACGUAGUGACGAUCGUUUGCUGAAUGCACUGCAGCUACUGUUGCUUCUGUUGCCGGAGGAGAAUAAUAUUCUGCUGCGGCACAUCAUCGAGCUGUUGCAUCUCACGAUACAGCACGAAGCAACCAACAAGAUGUCGGCGGUAAAUUUGGCCACACUCUUCACACCGCACCUGAUCUGCCCGCGUAAACAAUCCCCGGAGGCGCUACACACGACAGCUCAACAUAUGUCCGGUAUCGUGGGUUUUAUGAUCGAAACUGGGCCGCGCUUGUUUCACAUACCAUCGAAGCUGGCGACCGACAUACGGGCGUACUUUGUGGAACAACGACGUCGUAAAACCAUGUCACCCGAGCACAUCCUGAACGAGUCUACGACGUCCGACUCGGUUGCCAACACCGUGUACACGUUCGUCGAUCGGGAGAAAACGGCCGAGGCACACAUCAUGAAUUCCACUGAUACGGCUCUGGCCCAACUGUACGCCCAUAUUCAGAGUUUGCCCGAGUCAUCGAAGAAGAAAAAGCUGGUGAGCAAAUUUAAUCGCCAGAAUGGGUACGGCACACCGCUGCAGGUUUUGAUGCUGCGGGAGAAGAAUGGUUCCGGUUCGGGAGGAACCGGCCUGAGUAGUGGUGGUGGUGGUGGGUUGAAGUAUCCCCGUUCGAUAAGUGAUUCCAUUAAGCGUCACAUCUUCCACAAAUCGAUCAUGUCACGGACACCGAAACAAAGGACGGGCAGUGGCAGCCAAACACCGACCACGUUUCAGACCCCGAGCGGAACGAGCUACGGCAGUGGUGGCCCGAGACAGCGAGUUCUUUUCCAGAGUCCCGUCUCGGCGUCCGAUUCCCCGGCCAGUGUUGGGUCUCCGGCGUGCAUUAAACGUUGCUCGUCCGUAUCGUCUUCGUCGUCGUCACUUUCCUCGAUGUCAUCGCACUCGUCGGCGGGUAACACUAACGCAGGGUUCUUGAUGCGAACGAUCAGUAGUGAAAGUAGCAGCAGCAGUAACUCUUCCACCACACUUGAGCAAAAGCCCAUCUCCAUCCGUGGGGUGGAUGUAUCGAAAGCUGAAACACUGAAACGACGAUCGUCCGGUGAGCUGGUGGGAGAAUUAACCGACGAACAGCACCGGUGUGGCAGCAUUGAGCACGAUUCUAAUGCGAUCGAUUCUGAUCGUAAGCGAAGUAAGGUUGAUGAGCGUACGGAAAAGGAACAAAUGGGACGAACGAAAUCAGCGCUAAUGGUGCGUUUCGGUGUCGUCGAUACCGUUGCGGGAUGCAAUCCGAUGGAAGACAACGAACCGCCUCCUCCCGAAGACGAUGAAGAUUUUGUUGAGCAGGAAGACGACGAUAUCGGUGGAAGUGAAAAUGAAGAUGAGGGUGAAUUCUCCAACGAUGAACUCCUGAUGGUCGCUGACGGAGUGCAUGGCGAAGCGGACGGAUUCGAAGACUGUGAAAGGAUAUUGAGCGAUACCGAGGAAGAUCGGUACGGUUCGUCGGUUUUGGGUGAAACCCGCUCCCGAUAUCGUUCGGAACCAAAUCUCAGUACAAUCGGUUAUCACCACCAGCAUCAGUGUCGGGGAAAUCUCGAUCAAAAAUUAUUGACCACACGUAACAACGAGGUGCCACGAACGAAAGGUAGCUUAGGCGGUGAAAAUGCUGAUAUGGAUGGAAAAUCUCAACCAGUAACACCGGGUGGCGGAGCCGGUACAUCAGCUGGUGGUUCGACCAAGCAGCGAAUAAAUUUCUUCAAGAACAAACUCAUCAAGGGUGUAUCGAUGGGCAAUUUGCGCUUUCCGUUCGUUAGCGAUGGUAACAAGGGAAGCAAGAAAAGCAACAAUCGAUCGGUCGAAACAUUAAACCGCACAGGCCUAAAAACGGUGCACGACACCGCAACGGUCCGUGAUAGUUUUGCCGACUGUACCUUUCUGCCUACGCUACGAUCAUCCAUACCGAUCGCGUCGAUCGGACGCAAUGGAUCGAGCGAUGAUAAUUCAAACGAAUUGCCCGAAACGCAGCCGACCGUACAAGCUGGAACUAGCUGGACGGCGAAUUGUUUAACCAGUACACCCGGACCGAGCACACUCCUUAGCGGUCGCAAUUCCAUGUCGCCCAUCACGAAAAGUACCCAAAGGAUGCCAAAAUCGAUGCAGGAAUCGAUCAUGACACCGAGAUCACGUAAACCGGUCAUGUUACUGGCCGCCAUGAACGCAAACGACCAGCAGCAACUCUCGACGACCUGUGCCAGUUUUUCAAGCCUGAAAGAGGAAGAUGAAGAAAUGGACCUAGAACCGGCGGCAGGAGUUUCUACGUUAAACGGUGGCGCUAUGCCAUCAUCAUCCCGUUUCGGUAACGAAGUGGGUCUUCCACCGAUACCCACCCACUUCCCGUCUAAAGGUAACAUUGAAUCCGGUUGCGUGGUUGUUCAUGGUGGUGGUGGUGGUGAUGGUGUUGGUGAUGUUGCUGAGGGCGACCAAGUGUCGGCUUCCUUGACGAGUCCCUUUCGAGAUUACCUGCUCAGUCGCGGUUUGAUGCCGACCGAAAGCCCCGCCGAUUUGUCGUUCGCUAGCCAGUCGGAUGAUUUUGAAUCAUCAGCGGAAAUUUUGGACCAACUUAGUGAAUCGAAGAUGAGCGAAAGUUUGCUGUACUGUAUGAAUGGUAACGAACCAAAGGACAAGGACGGUACAAAAGGACCAGCAGCAACAGUACAGCGAUUAUUCGAGCGUGUCGAUUCCGAACUGGACGAGACGGCACUGUGA